CGGCCGCCGCCGCAGCUUCCGUCCGCGCCCAGCGACGUCCCGAGCUGGCCGCCGCUGUCAUCCCCGGCUGCGCACGGACGCCGCCGCCUCCCCGUGCUCCCGCGCGGCGUCGCGCCUCUGUCGCCGCCUGAGAAAGAUGGAAGGCGCCAAGAUGCAAAGGAAAGGCUCAAAGCAACCAGCCAAGUUGCUCCUGCAGCUUUCAGAGUUGCAACAUGGGAAGCAACAAUGGGACUCUACAUGGAAGCAGGCCAGGAUAUCAACACCUCGGUGUCCCCAUAUAAUUUGGUUGACAUAUCAAUCAAGGAUGAUAAUAUCAAAUGGUCGGAUCAGAACUAUCUGAAAUUUCGGGUUAAUGCUAUCAAAGGACUUAUUGCACUUCUAAAUGGAGAUCAGAAUCAGCUGUUCUUUGUUGGAUGCAAGGACCUCUGUGCUGGACUAGGCAAUGAACAAACUGCGAAUAUAUCCACUAUCUUGGGGAGGGCUACACAAAUGUAUGAGAGGGUUCUGGAAACAUUAAUCACACAAGACAUGUCUGGAAAAUUUUUAUCAGCAUGUAACAUGGUUCCAGAGGAGGUUUCUCUUGGGGCAACCUGUUCAUAUGGCCAGCUCUUAUCACAUUCUGGGAAGUUCAAUGAGGCAGAGGAUUAUCUCACAAGGGCGCUAAAGAAGGCUGAAGAGAAAUUUGGUGCAAAUCACCCUGUGUUGACUUGUGUAGAUAGAAUGUACAAACUGAAAGCAAAAUCGGAAGGAGAGAUAGAAAGAAAGAGAAAAAAAAAAAGAGGGAGAGAAAGAGAUUGAGAGGAAGGAAAAAAGAGAAGAGGAUGGCAUAUGAGGCUCAGUUAUCAUAGACUCAGAAUAGAGAGAAUGAAUGAA